AUGCGUUUAGAAGAUGGUCGAUUUAUGGUCACCCUUCCACGUAAGGAUAAUUUUUUCACUUUAGGGCAAUCCGAAUUUCAAGCGCGAAAGCGAUUCAGUUCAUUAGAAAAACGACUUUCCACUCAACCUGAGUUGAAAUCUCAAUAUGUGGAAUUCAUGCGCGAAUAUCAAGAAUUGAAUCAUAUGACUCUGGUUGAUCCCCCAUCUGAUCAUGAAAAGGUGUACUACAUUCCCCACCACGCAGUUUUCAAGCCGGACUCAACCACCACCAAAUUAAGAGUAGUCUUUGAUGCCAGUGCUAAAACGAAUUCUGGAGUGUCGCUCAAUGAGCUCCUGUUCAAAGGGCCCACAGUUCAACCAGACUUGUUUGAUAUCGUGUUACGUUUUCGUAUGCAUAAAAUUGCUUUCACAGCUGAUAUAGCUAAGAUGUACCGUCAAGUGCUAACAGUGAGCUUCAAGAGCUAUACAAAUUUCUUGCUGAUUCGCAAAAUCAACGUGUUCUUCAAACCGCAGCCACUAGUUGGCGGAUACAAUGGAAUUUCAUCCCGCCUUGUGCUCCCCACUUCGGAGGAGUAUCUUGUUACGUUGCAACAAAAGCAAAAAUGGACAUCGUCGUCAGACAACAUUGUCGUCGGCACGCUGGUGCUGCUCAAAGAUCCAGGUGCCCCUCCCGCGGUCUGGAAAUUAGGUCGAAUCACUGAGGUGAUUAAAGGUGUGGACAACAAAGUUAGAGUUGUCAUGGUCUUUACUGAAGCUGGUACUUAUAAGGUGCAAUCUCCAGCAUCGCUCCACUUCCAUUGGACGAAGGGUCUGAAAGAUGCUUCACUCGUCGACAACAUGGCCGUUCCGUAG